UCAGGUACCUACCCUGGCUUCUUUGCGGCCAGCUCUCCCUUCCGUAUCCCCAUGCAGGAACGGAUUAAUUUUAUGGACUUUAACUGGGACACCUAUGAUUUGAAGAACAAAACCAUUCGUUUUACCAAUUGUUUCAUCUUGCAGGGAGAGGAAUUGAUCUCCGAUUAUUUGUGGAUACGUGACGGUGUAAUCGCUGACGGACUAUCACUUUUUUACACACAUAAGCUGACUGCCGAUAUCACUAUCGAUGCGGGAGGUGCCGUAAUAGCCCCUGGUUUUAUUGAUAUACAAGUGAACGGUGCUUACGGCCAUGAUUUCUCCAAUCCAGAGCUGGACACCUGUGAGGUCUGUCGUGAAGUCGCGUUGAGGCUCCCACAUACAGGGGUCACAGCAUUUUGCCCCACCAUUAUAACAUCAGAUAAACAGACAUAUACCCAGAUUAUAUCACGCUUUGCCCAGUACGUAGAUCAACCAAAUUGUGCGCAGAUGCUCGGCCUUCAUUUAGAGGGACCAUUUAUCAGCAAGCUCCGACGUGGAAUGCACCCAAAAAAUCGCAUUUUGGAGUUCGGGCCUGAUCCAGUCAAGACACUUUUAGACACAUACGGCCGCAAUUUAGACAUCAUACGAAUAGUGACCAUAGCGCCUGAGAUUGAUGGUUCCAGUGGUGCAAUAACAGAACUCAUCUCGUGCGGUGUGGUUGUUUCUAUCGGACAUACUGAUGCAGAUUGUAAAGCAUUGGAACGCGCGAUCGCAUCCGGGGCCACCCUAUUGACCCACUUAUUCAACGCCAUGCCAAUGUUUCACCACCGGCACUCGCAUCUACUCGGAGGUAUAAUAAAGCCGCUGUCUUCCUUACAUGUGGGCAUAAUCGCCGAUUUAGUUCAUGUGCACCCAGCGGCACUACGGUUGGCUGACGCGCUCGCUCCAAGACGAGUCAUCUUAGUUACAGAUGCAAACACCGCUUUCGGACUGGGCGACGGAUCCUAUACUUUUGGAGAACAAAAUAUUGAAGUUAUCAAAGGAGUCGCCUAUGUGACCGGUACUGAUUGCCUGGCCGGCGGAACAACUGCGCUGUCGGUAUGUGUUCGUAACUACUGGCUAGAAGUCUGUCAACACAAUACCCAGCAAUCUGAGAACCAAUGUGGCCACUGGCGCGGAUUAGGUCAGGCGUUAGCGGCGGCUAGCACCCGACCGGCCAGAGUGCUUGGUUUGUAUCAGCGAAAUAUGGUCGCAGCGCUGGCGAAAGGAACGCUGGAGCCAGGAGCGGAUGCUGAUUUGACAAUAAUUUGCCCGAACUCGUUACGUCAUACCACCAAACCCACAGUAAAAAUUUUGUCCACGUGGAUCGCUGGCAAACCCGUAUUCACUGACCCCGCAGCCAAUUUGUCAGUCACUGCAUUUUCGUGAUCAUCUUUUCAGAUCUUUCCUUUAUCUUGAUUUUCGAAAACUCCCCAGCGAUUUGUGUGCCUCAGAUUUUCUUGGUCGGUGAUACUAGAUUCCUGCAUCAGGCCAAUGUGCAGAACACAACUAACGCCCCUACAUAAACAGAAUUGGUACCCUUUGCUUGUGUCGAUGCUUCCUAUAUCGUUAUUUCCCAUGCCACUCAGUAUCACCGAAAUACCAACAUUAAUAGUCUUGUCAAGUUGACGUCGACGUGGAUUAUUAUUAGGUAACUUUCAGACCAAUUACCAUCUUGAUUGGUGCGACGCGAUUUCGCCCUGAAUUUCUCAUCGACCCCGGGAACGCUUUGAAAAACAACCACCUGGCGGGGCGGAUUUGAGAGUUCGUGUCGAUUUGUUGAAAGAAUUAUGUGUCGUUUGUCACUGUGAUGUGCUUGGCCGUGAUGUAAUCAUUUUCACACGUGAGCUGAAGGUGAGAAAAACUAACUAUUGUGUCGCAAUACAAAAGCGGGAUGUACGAACACUCAAGACACAAAACAUCAUAAAAUACAAAAACAACUGGUACUAUGCUGCUUAUUAACAGCGUGCUUCAAGAUUGAGAGCGUGGUUGGAGGGGGAAGAUAAGCGGGAUGUGGAGGGAUAGGGAAAUCACAACAUAAAUGCCAUCAGGGCCACUUUUCGCCAUGUCAACCAGUAUAUCUAACCAAACGUGUUCAUUAUCCUUCAGACCCCAGCCCGGCAGUCGGGAGACACCAACCGACGCCAAAUUCGAAGUGAGGGACCUCAUUCCAUAUGUACAGGUCAUUGGUUGGCAUCCUCUUCUCUUCCAUCCAAGUUUAGCUGUGAUAUUAUUCACCAAAAUCAGAGCCUCCGUUCUUUCCUGUCGUAUCUGAUGUGGAACGGGUUUCAUCACUAGCGCAAACUGUGGAUAAUCGUCGAAAUGGGUUGCUAACUGCUCACGAGCACACGUUAACUGCAGUAAAGAUUCGAUUUUCACAGUGCCUUCUUUCGUCAGUUUCAUUGGAAGUUACCUCUACGAACCGAAUGAUGCUUUUCAAGGUCUGUUAAGCAGCUCAUUUCACUCCAGUUGAUUUAACUACAUAAGUGUGGAAGAUUCCCAGAUGUCUUAUCCUCC